AUGGUUCACCCGACUUCAACCUGCUGCAAGACCACCCAGGGUGGAAGUUGUGUUUGUGCUGCCCAGGCCAAGUGCUCCUGUGGCAAGGAGAGUGCCCUCCACUGCACCUGCAACCAGGCCUCGACCGAAAACACGAUCUCGGGACCGCGAUGCUCAUGCCGAUCCCGUCCGGCUGGCCAAUGCACCUGUGAACGCUCGGUGAGCGAGAAUCAGCCCGUGCAAGGCGAUGCCUGUGCCUGUGGCAGCAGACCUUCUGCUUCUUGUACCUGUGAGAAGGGCAGUGCCGGUGACUCGGCUCUGGAAGUGGACUUCACCACUGCAGGACGGGCCUGA